AUGAAUCAUAGGCGAUCAGAUAGUGAGGAUGACGUGUAUGACCCUAUAGAACAAACCGAACAUCAUGAGCCGGUCGUUUUAAAAAUUGGUGGAGUUUUCACAUUAAAUCUAUCUCAACUAAAAUACUUUACAUUUGUCAUUAUUGGUAUUGCCAUACUAUGGCCAUGGAAUUGUUUCCUUUCAGCGUCAGCUUAUUAUGGACUUCGAUUCAUUGGAUCACCAUCAUUGUCAAAAGUGUAUAGCUCGACAAUGAUGUCGGUGUCGACUAUUACGUCAACUUUAUACAACUAUUAUCUUUCUCAAAAACAAACUGGUGCCAAUUAUAAGAAAAGAGUCCACGUGGGGUUCAAUAUGACGAUUGCCAUAUUUGCAUUCAUGGCUAUAACGUGUGUUGUCCAGCUAUUUCUCGAUAUGAAUGAUACGUUAUUUUUUAUUUUGAUCAUGAUUAUGGUGUUGACUUCUGCUGCUGCUACGUGCUUGGCUCAAAAUGGUACUAUGGCUAUAGUGAAUGUUAUGGGUGAGAUUUACGCUAAUGCCGUGAUGGUAGGGCAAGCCGUUGCUGGAGUGUUGCCAUCUUGUGCAUUAAUUAUAUCGAUAUUAUUGGUGGGGGGCAACUCAUCUAAAGAGGAAAAGGUCGGCAAAGACUUUGGAGUUUUCGUUUAUUAUAUUACUGCAAGCUUAGUGUGUAUAAUAUCUAUUGGAUUGUUGUAUUGGAUUGAGCAUCAUAAAUCCAAUACAGCUUAUCAGAAGGUGAACAAUUCAAUGGAGAUGGGAGAAGAAACAGUAUUGCAACAAGAUCAGGAUGGCUCUGAUGUUGUUGAAGAUGUGCCCACUCAAAAGCUGUUUAUUCCCUUUUCUCAAUUAUGGGCUAAACUAAAGCUAGUCGUGAUGACCAUCUUUUUCACAUUUGGUAUCACCUUGGUAUUCCCAGUUUUUGCAUCUGUUGUGGAGUCAACACAUACUAAUCUGAGUUACAGACUAUUCAGUAAACAAAUUUAUAUCCCAUUUAUUUAUUUGAUGUGGAAUUUGGGUGAUUUGAUGGGCAGGUUAAUGUGUGGGUACCCCCAAUUGCACAUGUUGAUAACUAAUCCAAGAACAAUGUUUAUCUACUCACUAGCCAGGUUAGCUUUCAUUCCCUUAUUUAUGACCUGUAACAUACAUCCUGGUAUCACCGAACCAUUUAUCAAAUCUGAUUUUUGGUAUAUUUUAUUACAAACACUAUUUGGAAUUUCUAAUGGACAGUUAUGUACUUCUGCAUUCAUGGUUGUUGGGAGGCUAUGUGAUUCAGAUGAUGAGAAAGAAGCUGCUGGGGGGUUUACUACUGUCUUCUUGAGUGUCGGAUUAGCUGUUGGUAGCGUCUUUAGUUAUUUGAUUGUAUUGAUGGUCGGCUAA